AUGGUGACAGGCCUGUUCAUCUCACUGCCAAGUUUCUUCACUCGUCCUCAUCCUCACCCCAUCUUCAUCCUCAUCCUCACCCCAUCUUCAUCCUCAUCCUCACCCCAUCUUCAUCCUGAUCCUCACCCCAUCUUCAUCCUCAUCCUCACCCCAUCUUCAUCCUCAUCCUCACCUCAUCUUCAUCCUCAUCCUCACCUCAUCUUCAUCCUCAUCCUCACCUCAUCCUCAUCCUCACCUCAUCUUCAUCCUCAUCCUCACCUUAUCUUCAUCCUCAUCCUCACUCCAUCCUCAUCCUCACCCCAUCCUCAUCCUCAUCCUCACCUUAUCUUCAUCCUCAUCCUCACCUCAUCUUCAUCCUCAUCCUCACCUUAUCUUCAUCCUCAUCCUCACCCCAUCUUCAUCCUCAUCCUCAGCUCAUCUUCAUCCUCAUCCUCACCAGCUACCUUACGUUCAGUGGCUCCUCAUUGUGUCAGUCUGAGUGGAUGUAUUGUACAGUACAUAUUGUUGUUCUGAUCAUGUUGUAAAUGAUUAUAUCAUCCCUAAUGGUGAUGGUGUCGCUGUAUUACAGAACUCUUAUUGAGAGAAUGUUUAUUAUUCAGUAUCUAAAGAACCCAUUUCUAAAACAUCUCCUGUGAGAUAGUUUUGUGUGGAAAAGGUGGAGAAAUCCAAACUAUUGUCUUUUAUUUGUUUUAUUUAUUUGUUUGUUUCUUUAAAGAGAACAGCAGUCCCUUGGCCCCAGGGUUGUGCCUUAAAGAACGUUUAAUCUUUUUGCUGCACUAGAAAAAAAAAACUACUGGCCGUGAAUCGACCUCAUUGUUUUUAUAUUUUUUCUGCUGUUUAUAAAACGUGAGGGAUAAAUCAGACUGUAAUAUAUAUGUGUCGAUGCUGCAGGCCUCAGUCAGUGCAGCAUGGGGGCGCUAGAGUCUGGCGUAUCGUAUUGCUGCUGUUUGACUGUAAAGCUCCAAAGAGGUUUAUGCUGGGUUUUCUUUGUUUAAAACCUGAUCUGAUUGGCCGGGUAUGCGAGGCGUCGGUGUGAUUAUGUGCCGAUCUAUAAGAGUAUUGAUCGCGUUUAUGAAUGUGGGUUUUGGCUCUGUGCCAGACGGUUGGGUUUGAUUUGCAGGUGAUGAAUCACAUUUUAACAUGACAGUUCUACACACUCAUAUCCGGCAUCUGUGUAACAAAACAAUGCGCUUUUUUACGUUAUUCUAAAGGACGGACGGAAUGUGUUUAUAAACUCUAAUCCUGCAGUGAAGGAGAUUUUUGACACGUAUACUGUAGAUUUCUAAUCACACUAAACGGAUAGAAUCAGUGGCUCAUUUUCUGUCUUUUUUGUGUCUUCUUUUUACUUAAUCAGAAAAGAAAAUUAUUUUUUGUUAUGUGACUUGAACGCCAAGUUUUCUGGAGGUUUCAGAGAGAUGAUGUAGUUGUUUAAUGAAUUAUUUAUUUACAGCAGUCUAUUGGAUAAGAAUUGUAGAAACAAAUCUUCUGUAAGAAAAGAGAAAAAAACGAAAUAAAAUGUUUUAUAUGCACCCGAAUAAAGAAAAGCAUGGGUUGACUCCG